CAGAGGCUGUGGCUGGUGAUAUUAAUUGUCGCUGAAGUGAGUUCAUUUGUGGACCCGCCUCCCCUCACUCUGCCCGGGGAUGUUAUUAUUGGUAUGGUGGGGGACCUUCAUGAUGGUGAGGAGGCGUCUGGAGGUUGUGGUGCAUUGAACACCCGAGCUGUUGAACGUGUGGGUGCUGCUCAGUGGGCUCUGGCUACUAUCAAUAAUCAGUCUCAACAUGACUAUACUAUCGGUAUUCGCGUGUAUGAUGCUUGUGGGAACCCAGACUUGGCCAUGAGGCAGACAGUGAAGCUACUCCAGGAGGCGCAGCCACCUCAUCCUCCUUUACUCGGUGUAGUUGCUUUUGGGUCUGCUAAAGUGGUAUUAGGGACAGCCACACCAUUACAUGCCUUCAACACCCCUAUCAUCAUCACUGAUGCUCGUGCUGCCCACACAGUUGUCCCUGAUGAUAAUGUCUUCUCUACUGCUCCACAUCUCACUGAUCAGCUUCAGGCAGUACUCUCUGCUGGUGUGCGUUUGGGUGGAGGAGUGAUAGGUGUGCAGGUUGUGUGUAGCUGCAGUCAUGCUUCACUAGUACUGCAGGAGAGGGCAUCAAGGGCAGGUCUCAGGAUUCUCAACUUGCUGCAAAUUGAGAAUGAAAACAAUAUAACAAAAAAGAUAACACAUUUUAUCAAUAGUGAAGUGAGCAAUGGUGGAGUAGUAAUAUUACUGCUCAGUGCUGCUGAGCUGAACAUUUUCACUGCUGAAGUUGAUAAUCAAAUGUUGAGGAAAUCCAGACUCCGCUGGGUGCUCACGGCAUUGGAUGGAGAACCACUUACUGGAGACUUGCAAGAAGAUCAGCUGAAGAAAAAGUUGGAUGGUGGACUUUUAGUAGAAGUGCACUCACCUGUCAUCCCUGGGUUCAGUCAGUAUUUUGCUGCCACUGUUCAUGCUAAUACAUCUUUGGUUGCUCCAUUAGCCAUGCAGUACAUGAAGAUUAUAUCACAUUGUGACACUGAGGCUCUUGCAGUGCAGUCAUUAUCACCACUGCCACAAUGCUCAGGCCUCCAGGUGAAGGAAUUGACUAAAUUAGUGAACAGCAAUCUGACCACAGCCACUGUCAAGGCGGUGUCUUCCCUUGCAGCUGCAUUCCGUCUAGUACAGAUAGAAAGAUGUUCUACUGGGGUACACUGUCUGCAAGCUCUGCGCCAAGAUCUACACCAGG